AUGAGCAAAUUACAUGCUUUGAUGCUUUAUAAAGAUAGAAUUGAAAAAAUUAAAGAUAAUACAAAUUUUGUGAAUUCUAAUAUCACAUCACCAAUAUUUCAAAAUUCCGAAUUAGAAGAAAAUGAUGAGCUAUAUAAUGAAUUGAAUGAAAAUUUUAUUUCAAAUACUGGAGAAUA